AUCCAAGGAACAUCUUAUCUGUCCAGAAGCAUCACGAUGAUCCAAUUCCAGAGGAUUUAAUGGGAUUUUAGCCUCCCUUCUCCGCUCAAUUGAUCGAUUCUUUGAUUUCCCCCGCGCGACCUUCUUCCUUUCCCUUCCCUCUUUUUUUCUUCCUUCUCUUCUUCUUCUUUUCUCCCUUCUUACUCUUCCUUUUCUUCCGUAACCCCAAUCCCAAUUCCAGUUCCAGUUCCAAUUCCAUCCCCAUCCUCAUCCCGUCCUCCUCCACCUUCAUCCAUACUUCCUCUUCCUAUCGAUCCCUCUGUUGAUCCGCCCUCGAGCAUCCACCAUCCCGUCGCGCCAACUCCACGGAGUUUAAAGUUAUCUGUCGGAGGAAACUUGGAGCUAUUGACCGUCAUCAUGGCUGACGUUUAUCGACCGUACCAACGCGAAAGGUCUCGUUCUCCCCGUCGUCGUUCGCGCAGCCCUCGACGCUCUAGCCGCCGCUCGUAUUCGCCGCUCAGCCGUUCUCGCAGCCGUGACGACUAUCGCCGCAGUGACCGUCGUUCUCGCUCGCCUAUGAGUACUGCUCCCGGCCCCUCCGGAGGACAAUCAGGUUUUGGUUACGGCGGUCGCAGCAGCUACCCGCCGCCCCCCAGAUCGUUCGAAGAUCGCGCUUCCGCCAAAGAACAAAUGAUGCAAUCCGUGCGCGAAUCGUCCCAGCAAGACCGUCGCGUCUAUGUGGGCAACCUAUCUUACGAUGUCAAAUGGCAUCAUCUGAAAGACUUUAUGAGACAGGCUGGAGAAGUUAUCUUUGCCGACGUCUUACUGCUUCCGAAUGGAAUGUCGAAGGGAUGCGGGAUUGUGGAAUACGCGACCAGAGACCAAGCGCAAAAUGCCGUCAACACGCUUAGCAACCAGAAUCUGAUGGGUCGACUUGUUUACGUCCGCGAGGACCGUGAACCCGAGCCCCGUUUCACCGGCGGACCCUCCCGUGGUGACUUUGGCGGCGGUGGCCGCGGUGGUUUCGGAGGCGGUUUCGGUGGUCCCGGCGGUGGUGCUGGUGGCGGCGGCCGUCAGCUCUACGUGGCUAAUCUCCCAUUCAACGUUGGCUGGCAAGAUUUGAAGGAUCUUUUCCGCCAAGCAGCUCAGCAAGGCGCCGUCAUCCGUGCCGAUGUUCACACCGAUCCUUCUGGCCGUCCCAAGGGCUCCGGUAUCGUCGCCUUUGAGUCCCCCGAGGAUGCUCGCAAUGCCAUCCAACACUUCAACGGCUACGACUGGCAGGGUCGAGCUCUGGAGGUGCGCGAAGACCGCUUUGCCGGGGCCGGUCCCGGUUUUGGCGGCCGCGGUGGUUUUGGCGGCGGCUUUGGCGGUCGUGGCGGAUUCGGAGGUCGCGGUGGCUUUGCCGGACGUGGCGGCUUCGGUGGUGGCUUCGGUGGCCGUGGUGGCUUUGGCGGUGGCUUCGGUGGUGGUCCCGGGGGCUUCGAGGGCGUGGCUUCCGUGCCCCCCAACCCCUUCACGGACUAUGCUACCUCGGGUGGUGAUAAGAGCCCUGUCAUCUACGUCCGUAACUUGCCCUGGUCGACCUGCAACGAAGAUCUCGUGGACUUGUUCUCGACCAUCGGCAAGGUUGACCGCGCUGAGAUCCAGUACGAGCCCAACGGCCGCUCGCGCGGUACGGGUGUGGUGCAGUUCGACAGCGCUGAUACCGCAGAGACCGCGAUCGCCAAAUUCACCGGUUACCAGUACGGUGGCCGUCCUCUCGGCAUCACCUUCGUCAAGUACAUGAAUGCCGAUCCCGGCCAUGGCGAUGCUAUGGACAGCGGCGACCCGACCGGAGGAAUCACGCAGGAUCAGAUCAUGUAAUUGUAUCCAUGUUGUCCUUCCCUUUUGUUUCAGUUUUCUUUUCUCUCCCUGCAGGUAGGCUCAUGAGGAAGAAAAAGUUUUGUGAUGUCAGUUUUAAGACCAACGACCUGUUCUUGGGGUGGAUUCGAAUAUGUCAUGUCAUCUGAUUCCCUAGUGUGCCUUCUUUAUCUUGCGUGUUGAUUCCUUUCGGCGGUCUGAUUUCUAGUUAUGUACGGGACCAAUCGAAUCUCGAAUGUCUUUUCGUCCUUGGUUUUGACCUUGGUUGCGAAUUGUUGUUUAUCCACUUGUCGGCUUGCAGAACUCCAUUGCACUGUAUGUAUUGGUUUUGUCCAGGGACUGUAGACCUACUCUGAUUUAGCGCUCAUCUCUUGCUAUUUCUUGGUGAGUAGAUCUGAGCCCGCCCUGAGCGCUUCAAGCUAAUUAUCCAGUAAAAGCUAAGGAGAGAGAUAAAUAGUUUCAGUAGCCUUAAUAUCAUAUACUGUUCUAGA